UCUAAAAAUAACACAUAACGACGCGCUUAAAUGGACUUAUAGGACGUGACAUUCAUUUGACUUUCUUUCAUAAUUAUUUCUUUAAUUCUUUAUCUAUUUGGAUAUAAAUACAACUUUGUUCAUCAAAAGUAUACAAAAAGAGACAUGGAACAGGACAAUUCAAUUUCAACUGAUGCUUUACCAAUGGCACCAAGACAACAUUCAGAAACUGAAAACAUAUCAACAGAACAAUUACCUCAAGCAAAUGAUGAUGAUCAGGCACCCCAGUCUGACACAACCGAAGAUUUUGUGGAAAUUCCCGAACCACAUCCUGACUGGCAGUUUAAUAUAUUCCUUGAUCAAGUAGCAGAUGGUAUAACAACGGAGGAGUUUGAUAAAUUGAAACACCUUCAUCGAGGACAUGGUGGGAUAAGUGAUGAAUCAUUAAAUGAAAUGAAGUCGGUUCGAGAUCUGUUCAAUAUCAUGAGGACAAGAGGGUUGCUGAAUCGAGAAAAUCUCAUAUAUCUACAAGCAAUGUUGUAUAUAAUAGGUCGAUUGGAUCUUAUCAAGGACGGUGUUGAAUAUUCUAAAACUGUUGGGAACGUGAUUCAUUUCUACCCCGCUUCCCCUCUUCCAGUCCUUACAGAAAAUGGAUUCAAGUAUGUUAAAUUCCACGUUGAAGGACGCAACUUUCGAAAUUGUACAAGACGUUAUGUGCAAAGCGUCCGCAACCGAAUUGCAGCUAUCUUGUUUAUUCCGGCGCAAUUUGUGAUAAUCGCUGGUGUUGAACCAUCAUCCAGUCUUCUGAUAACACUCAUGAUACCUGAAAAAUAUGUUACUAUUCUAGAAGGUCUGCUUGAAGAUCAUUUGUGCACCUCCGACAUGAAAGAGCUCGGUAUAGAUUAUGUGGAAAUAGACAAAAUGUACAAUGUCGAAGAAGAAAUAGAAGCCGAGAUUACAGAAAAUGACCAACAGAAGAAAUUUGCUAACCUAUAUCAACAGCUUGAAGCAAAAUCAAAACAAUUAGAGGACAGUGAAACAGAACGUCUUCGACUCUAUGGUCAACUUUCAGAAAACAAGUCAAAAAUAACGGAACUUGAAGAAAAACUAAAAAAAGACGAACUUGUUAUAAUGACGCUUAAGUCAUCAGACGUGGAGAAGCAAGAAAACAAAGUGGAAGAUGCAUCAUCUAGCCAGAAAGCAUUGCAAGAUUUUGAGAGCGCAUUGAAGACCGUCAGCCAGCAUGAUAAAGUUGAUAUACAUACAUUGCUUUCCACAAACACUAUGGUUGUCGCGAAUCGUCUCACUGAAAGAUUUAGUAUACGACAACGCCAGUUUGAAUUAGCACUUAGCGAUUUACAGUCCCAAUUGCUACCACUCAAAUUUGAAUUAGAAAAACUUCGGUUUUUCGCUGAAAUCGAUAUAAAUGAGAUGGACAGGAUACUUUUGGAAAGUUUUAAGAACCUGAUGGAAUCAAUCGCAAAUGAAGUUUCCACAAUUCAAGUAGAAGUAAACGAAGAGAUUCUUCGGAUUUUGAGGAAAAUAAGCAAUUUACUGAGACCCCGCGAAAGAGAAAUACUUGUUAAGAAGUACACGUGGGACUCAGAUGACGAGCUAAAACGUACCAUCGACACGGACAGAACUUCACUUCUUGCUUGUAUUUUACUAAAGGAGAUUCAAAAAACCCAGAAAUUAGUUGACGUUGGUGAGUGUAUUGUUUAUCAUUGCGAUUUUUACGUAUGUUUGUCUCAUUCAGUUAACCUGUUUCUACAAUAUAAUAACUUCGAAUGUUUUCUAAAUAGAUUAACGGUAUAAUGGUUUUUGUACUGUUUGUAUACUACAUAGAAAUAUAUAUUAGUUUUCAUUUGUACAAUCUUUUAAAUGAUAAACACAAGCGUUAGUGAACGAGUGAUUAAUGUCGUUGACUUCAAACUACUUACCCCUCACCGCCGUUGGUUCGAAUCUCGCCAGGAACCUUGGAUUAUUUCACGUGAGGUAGCUAUCAAGGUAACAUACGGGAAAUAGGUGGUUCUAAUUAGGUUCCUGUUCAUACCUGAAAUAGUGACGGAGGGGCAUCUGAGGUCCUCUUUCUUUCAGUAAAAAAAUAUGAAUUACCGUGUUUGUUGGAUGUAAAACACAAUCAAAAAAUAGGCUUAAAUUUUGUAAAA